AUGUUGUGUUCCGUUUAUGGUUGUUCUAAUCUUAGUGAAGAAGGUGUUAAGACAGGCCCAGAAAAAAUACAUUUUUUUACAUUUCCUAAAAGAGAAAAAUCUCCUAAACGAUUUAAAAAAUGGAGUGAUUUCUGUAAAAGAAAAAAUUUCGUUCCAGGAAAAUCAGCUGUAAUAUGUUCAAAACAUUUUAACGAAAAUGAUUUAAAUCAAUCUGAUUUACUUCGUCAAAAACUUAUGCCGAAUUCUAAGGUCCUUGUUCAUUUAAAUGCUGGUGUUUUCCCUACUAUUUUUUCACAACAGGGUUCUAAUCAAACGUUAAACCAUUCGCAACGUUCUUCUAGAACAAAAUUGCAAAAUAUGGUAAAUUCAGUAACUGCCAAAACAAGUACACCGAAAAAAAAUAACAAUUCAUGCAAUAACAUCGAAACAUAUAUAUCAGAAAGUGAAUCUGUAGACGGCAGUUUUGAUAGUGCUUCUACAAGUACAAUAAAAUCAAAAUAA